CGAAAACAACCAAUUAGAGAUGCGCGACUGGUCACAUGACCUGUUGUAUAUUAACCAAUAGAGUCUUUACACUAAAGCACAUAUUGCAUAUAAUAAAAUAUGCUCAUUUUCAAUACUUACUGGGUAGUUUUCAGUCUUCUCUUUGACGAGCGGAGCAAUGGGUCGUACAGGUAUGUUGUAUAAUCAAGUUUUUUAGGUUGAAGAGGAUAAUGGUAAGUCUUGAUUUUGAUUGGCCAAUGCUAUAAACCAAUCAAAAUGCUAAUCUUAUUCCCUCCAAAAAGGAAAAAAGGUAAAUUGUUGCGAGGUGAACAAUAUGCAUGUUGCUUAUCACAAGUGUAUACCUUCAAAAUGUAACAUGCUAACAAGUAAUUGCUAAACCUGUCUUGGUUCAGUGAUUAUUAUUAUAAUGGAACGACUGUUUUAAGGCAGUGCAUUAGCACAGACGACUCUCGAUGCUAACCUUAAGAGGAGUUGAAUCUCCAGGUUGAUGAUUUUAAUCAAUCUUGGCAGAUGCAUUUUGCGCAUGUAUUAUUUAUUUAAUGCAUAUUUAAAAAGACAGUGCAUGGGAUGGGUUUACCCGCUGUGUACCAAAUAACUUUGUUCCGGAUAAAUUAUUCACCGGCCAUUAUAAAAUGGGUCAGAGAGUUGUCUUUUCAUUAUUAUAGUUAUUAUUGUUCUCCAACUAGAAAAGAUGCAGACGCUCCAUUUCAAAACGACAGAUACAGUUUUAAUUAAAUUUAUGUCAUUUACUCCCAUUAAUCCAAACCAGUCUGAUUUUUGUUCUUCAGUAGAAUGCAAAUUAUGAGAUUUCAACCUUAGACUUUAUUUACUUUCAUUGAAUGGACAAAAAAAUAUCUUCUUUUGUGUUUUAAAGAGGUACAAAUAAGGUUGAGUAAAUGACAGAAUUAUCAUUUUGAGGGAAAUUAUCCGUUUAUUAAUUAAUUUACAAAUUAUAAAUGCAUAGUGAUUAUCAUAAAUGAUUGACUGUUGGUGUGUUUUAUCAGUUACCACCAGUUAUUUAAAGAUAUAAACCACAAGAGGCCUUACUUUUACAGUGACAUUACCAUAGUAAGGGUAUUUUAGGCACAUUAUGCCUUAUACCGUGGUAAAGUCAGGGUAAAACUACGACCUCAAGUGGAUUAUCACUAUUUUACUCAGUUCUGAAGUAUUUUAGUCAUACAACUUUAAGAGACUUUAGAUGUUCAGUUGCAUUUGAUCUGAUGUCUGGUGACAUUUCAGUAAUUGGCCGACUGGAGAUUUCUGAAAUCCAUUCAAAUUACCACAGCGAUAAUUAAUUCAACAUAGGUAUGCUAAUGUCUCACUGAUUAUGCGCAUACUGCAUUAAGUAUCCCGUGUCCUUUGGUUUUGUUUUCAAAGCUUAAUCAUUGGGUACAAUCAAAUGUUUUCUGUUCUAGAGUUAACGGCACUUGAAAUUAGCAGCUACGAUGGAGGAAACCGCUCAGCCGUUUAUACGAGCGAAACUGCAUUUACAUGUCGCAUAAUAGCGCGACGCCUUUAGAAUCGGUUGUCUUGAUUGUAGCUGCUAACUUUAAUGCUAAUUAUGUGGGGUUUUAUUUGUAUGGUCGGUUUGAUUUGGUUUGCACUUUGGGUUGUUUCAUUGAUUUCUGUUUUUGUGUCUUUGUUUUGUUUCUGUAAUUAAAGCCGCAGUGGCAGCUCUUCAGGCGGCUAAAGACCUUGUAAUUUUGCAUUGUUAUAACAUGCUUGAAUAGACGCCAGUGGCUGAACGCAACCACUGGGGUGAAUCAAACUGUUUGGGUCAAAGCAGGUUAACGUGGCAGACAUGUCGCGUGUCACGCAAUAAAUAAUCAGGCGACAUCAGUCAGAGAAAUGUAGCAGCUAAAAGCCUUGAGGUGGCCUUUUUUACUCUCUCUGUGUUUCCCCUAUUUUUCUCUUCUCCUCAUGUCAUUGUGUUCUGCAUCAACCCCUUUACAUCCCUCAGAGCUUCGAGAAGUUCGUCGUGUGCCCCCGCGUUUCUCCAUCACGCCCCCCACUACCCAAGAGAUCAUGCCGGGCGGUAGUGUCAACAUCACGUGCGUCGCCGUCGGCUCACCCAUGCCCUAUGUCAAGUGGAUGCUUAACUCUGAGGACCUGACACCGGAGGAUGAGAUGCCAGUUGGCAGGAACGUUCUAGAGUUAAACAGCGUCCGUGAGUCGGCCAACUACACCUGCGUGGCCAUGAGCAGCCUGGGCAUCAUCGAGGCUAAUUCCCAGAUCAUUGUCAAGUCCUUGCCGAAACCUCCAGGUACUCCUGUCGUAACCGAAACUACCGCCACCAGUAUCACCAUCACCUGGGACAGUGGCAACCCUGAGCCCGUCUCCCAUUACAUCAUACAGUAUCGCGCCAAAUCUCCCGAAAGCAAGUUCGAGACCGUGGACUCCAUCACCACCACCCGCUACAGCAUCGGUGGACUUUCUCCAAACACUGAUUAUGAGAUCCGGGUGUCAGCCUUCAACACCAUUGGCCAGGGCCCGCCCAGCGAACCAGUUGAGGCUAGGACUGGGGAGCAGGCUCCCGCCAGCCCACCGCGCAAUAUCCAGGCCCGUAUCAUCUCCCAGAACACCAUGAUGGUGCGCUGGGAUGAACCUGAGGAGCCCAAUGGACAGAUCAAGGGUUAUCGGGUCUACUACACAAUGGAUCCAUCUCAGCCCAUGAGCAUGUGGCACAUCCACAACGUACAGGACAGUGUGAUCACCACCAUUCAAAGUCUGGUGGCCUCAGAGACCUACACCAUCAGAGUGCUGGCCUUCACGUCCGUAGGAGAUGGACCCUUCUCGGAUCCCAUUCAUGUUAAAGUGCUUCAAGGAGUCCCUGGACAGCCGACUAACUUCCAGGUUGGUGAGGUGUCAGACACGAGCGUUGAGCUAACAUGGGAACCGGCCUUUGAAAAAGAGGGAAUCAUCAGUUACGAACUACAUUACAAAGAGGGCGGGCAGGAAUCUCAGGUAAAGAAAACAUUCGGCCCAGCCUCUUCCUAUGUGGUGGAGGGUCUGCGUGCAAAUACAGAGUACUACUUCUCUCUGGCUGCUAUCUCCAACAAAGGCAUUGGGGCCUUCACCAACGAAAUAUCCCAAAGGACAUCCCAAGCCAAGCCCUCCGCUCCCCCUCAAGACAUUAAGUGCUCCAGCUUCAGCUCCACCACCCUGAUGGUAAGUUGGCUCCCUCCGCCGGCCAAGAGCCAGAACGGGGCACUAGCCGGGUACAUAGUGCGCUACGCAGUGGUGGGGGCCGGGGCCGAGGUCAACACGGAGCCCGUGGAGGAGCCAGCGGUGUCCCCCAGCUCCAAUCAGAUCCAGCUGCAGCGGCUGGAGAAAUGGACCAUGUACAGAGUCACCGUGGCGGCCUCCACCAGCGUGGGUCCGGGCCCCGAGAGCGAGCCGCUGCUGUGCCGCACAGACGAGGAUGUUCCCGGGGCCCCUCCUCGACGUGUGGAGGUCGAGGUGCUGAACUCCACCGCCAUCAAGGUAAUGUGGCGCUCCCUAUUGCCAGGGAAGCAGCACGGGCAGAUCCGAGGAUACCAGGUGCACUACGUCCGUGUGGAGAACGGUGAAUCCCGCGGCCUGCCCCUCAUAAAGGACGUCAUGCUCGCCGAUGCACAGUGGGAAAUGGACGACACAGCUGAAUACGAGAUGGUCAUCGGGGGCCUGCAGCCUGACACCACGUACUCCAUCACUGUGGCAGCCUACACCACCAAAGGAGACGGAGCCCGCAGCAAACCCAAGCUGGUGGUGACUAAAGGAGCAGUACCGGGGCCUCCCUUUCUCUCUGUCAACCAAAACUCAGAGACUACCGCAUUAGUGCGCUGGCAACCCCCAGACUUCAUCGCUCCGGGUCUCGAGGUGCAAGGCUACCGGCUGCAGUUCGGCCGAAAGGAUGUGAGCCCCCUGGCCACGCUGGAGUUCGGCCCUCAGGAGCUGGAAUAUUCCAUUAGCAAUAUCCACCGAGGGGCAACAUACGUCUUCAAAGUGUCCGCCAAGUCCAGAUCGGGAUUUGGUGAAGAGGCUACCCGAGAACUCAAAGUCCCCGAGGAGGUUCCUCGAGGGUAUCCCCAAAUAAUCGAAGGGUCUAACAUUACCUGCUGCUCGCUCCAAUUUGCCUGGUUGCCUCCGGUGCUAGCAGAGCGCAACGGUGCUAUAAUAGAAUACACACUGGCUUACCAAGAGGCCGGAACGGCCGGCGGACCCAAGGAGCUGCGCUUGCCGGCAAGUGAAAACAGCUACACCCUCAACAGCCUAAGGCCCAACGCAGUGUACGAUGUGAAAAUUCGAGCGCACACCAGUGUAGGUCCCGGGCCCUACAGCCCACCGAUCCAGUAUCGAACAGUGGCCUACGAAGCAGAUGUUCCUAAGAACUUCACGGUGAAGCUGACCACCAAAACCACGGCACUGCUGACCUGGAAGUUUUCCGAUAGCCGCUUCCCGUACCGCUGCAUGUUGGAGUACAACCGGCAGAAGGUUGAACUUGAUGCUAGGCUGAACAAAGCUCUCAUCAUCAACUUGCGACCCAACAGCACCUACGAGUUCAGAAUUACCUGCCAGGAGAGCAGUGAUGGCGGACCCAAACACAAACUCAUCGCACGAACGGCGCCACAUAUUCUGGUCCGAAAGCCAGAGUUGGACCUGAAAAGAGAGCCAGACAGUACUCUCACCAUUGUCUUGCCACCGCUGGAAUCCAAAGAGUUGAUCAAGGUGGUCUAUGUUGUGGUGGUUCCUCUGAAGAAGGGAAGAGGACCGAUCCGACACAUCAAGAGCCCAGAUGAAUUGGACCUAGAUGAGCUGUUUGGCGACAGAAGACUCGGUCAACGUCACGCUCGAACCACCCGUCAGCUCAAGCAGGUGGACGGGAAGCGGCCCUACAUCGCUGCCAGUUUCAAGCCCUCAUCCAUGCCGCCGUCCUUCACCCUGGGCAACCAGAUGGUGUACAGCGGCUUUGAAAACAGGGCUCUGGAUCCCGGGCAGGAAUAUGUGAUCUUCAUCCUUGCUGAGCUGAACACCACCGGAGGAAAAACAUUUGUGACCAGCCCCUACACGGAUCCAAUCACAGCUCCAGACGUGGACCCUCAGCCCAUAGACACAGGAGGGGAUGGACUCAUCUGGGUGGUGGGGCCUGUUCUCGCUGUGGUCUUCAUCAUCUGUAUUGUGAUUGCCAUUCUUCUCUACAAGAACAGCAAGCCUGACAGCAGCAAACGUAAAGAGUCAGAGCCACGGACGAAAUGUUUGCUGAACAAUGCCGAUAUCACCCCUCACCACCCCACAGACCCGGUGGAGAUGAGACGAAUCAACUUCCAGACCCCAGAUUCGGGUCUAAGCAGUCCUGUCAGUGAAGCCGGUUUUGACUAUGAAAGUAUGAUGAACCACCCUCCUAUACCCAUCUCUGAGUUAGCCGAGCACACGGAGCUACUGAAGGCCAACGACAACCUGAAGCUCUCCCAGGAGUACGAGUCCAUCGAUCCGGGUCAGCAGUUCACCUGGGAGCAUUCCAACCUGGAGGUCAACAAACCCAAGAACCGCUACGCCAACGUCAUCGCCUACGACCACUCCCGCGUAAUCCUGGCACCCAUCGAAGGUAUCACAGGCAGCGACUACAUCAAUGCUAACUACAUUGAUGGCUACAGGAAGCAGAACGCAUACAUAGCCACACAGGGACCGCUGCCAGAGACCUUCGGAGACUUUUGGAGAAUGGUGUGGGAGCAACGAGCCGCCACCGUGGUCAUGAUGACCAGACUGGAAGAGAAGUCAAGGAUAAAGUGUGACCAGUACUGGCCGAGUAGAGGGACGGAGACCUACGGUAUGAUCCAAGUGACGCUCCUGGACACUAUCGAACUCGCCACUUUCUGUGUGCGCACCUUCUCUCUACACAAGAAUGGUUCCAGUGAAAAGCGAGAGGUUCGCCAGUUCCAGUUCACCGCCUGGCCGGACCACGGCGUUCCCGAGUACCCCACUCCAUUCCUGGCCUUCCUCAGGAGGGUGAAGACCUGCAAUCCACCGGACGCUGGCCCCAUCAUCGCCCACUGCAGUGCUGGUGUGGGCCGCACAGGCUGCUUCAUCGUGAUUGACGCCAUGCUAGAGCGCAUCAAGCACGAGAAGACGGUGGACAUCUACGGUCACGUGACCCUCAUGCGCUCCCAGAGGAACUACAUGGUGCAGACAGAAGACCAGUACAGCUUCAUCCAUGAUGCCCUCCUGGAGGCCGUCGCAUGUGGGAAUACAGAGGUGGCGGCACGAAGCCUCUUCUCCUACAUCCAGAAGCUGGCGCAGGUGGAGACCGGAGAGCACGUUAGUGGCAUGGAGCUGGAGUUUAAGCGUUUGGCGAACUCCAAAGCCCAUACGUCCAGAUUCAUAAGUGCCAAUCUGCCAUGCAACAAAUUUAAAAACCGGCUAGUCAACAUCAUGCCCUAUGAGACCACUCGAGUGUGCCUGCAGCCCAUCAGAGGACUGGAGGGGUCCGACUAUAUCAACUCCAGCUUCAUUGAUGGAUACAGACAACAGAGGGCUUAUAUAGCCACUCAGGGCCCAUUAGCGGAGACCACUGAAGACUUCUGGAGGAUGUUGUGGGAGAACAACUCUACAAUUGUUGUGAUGCUGACCAAACUGAGGGAGAUGGGACGAGAAAAGUGUCACCAGUACUGGCCAGCGGAGCGCUCCGCUAGAUAUCAAUACUUUGUGGUGGAUCCCAUGGCGGAGUACAACAUGCCGCAGUAUAUCCUCAGAGAGUUCAAAGUGACAGAUGCUCGGGACGGCCAGUCCAGGACCGUGCGGCAGUUCCAGUUCACCGAUUGGCCGGAGCAGGGCGUUCCUAAAUCAGGAGAGGGCUUCAUUGACUUCAUCGGACAGGUGCAUAAAACUAAGGAGCAGUUUGGACAGGACGGGCCCAUUUCUGUCCACUGCAGCGCCGGUGUGGGCCGGACCGGGGUCUUCAUCACACUAAGCAUCGUGCUGGAGCGGAUGCGCUACGAGGGUGUGGUGGAUAUCUUUCAGACGGUCAAAAUGCUGAGAACGCAACGGCCAGCAAUGGUGCAAACAGAGGACGAGUACCAGUUUUGCUAUCAAGCGGCUCUGGAGUACCUUGGAAGCUUUGAUCACUAUGCAACGUAAAAAGCCAUUUUUGUUCCCCCCGUCCCACAAAGCCCCCUCCCCCAACAGCCUCCUGAGCCAUAAAAACUUGCUUGAAACCAGGAAACGAUGACAACUAUACACAAUUUAUAAAAAUUUUGGGAAGAAUCAUCUUUUGGAACCAAUCAAAAUGCAUCGUGUGUAUCCCUAAUUGGACAAGCAACACUAGAGAAGUGCAAACGGAUCCCAAACCCCUCUACAUCCCAAGCUCGUGAUGGAGGAACCAAAUGUUUUGGCUCAGGCUGUAAGGCGGGAAUAACCAUCUAGGUGCCGGACCACUAACUUUACCUCAAGUGUUCGGACAUGGAGGACAAGCAUUGUUUCUUUUCAAACUAACUGUAUGAACAUAUUACAAAAAGACAUGAAGGAAAAGUCAGUGAGAUACAACAUGACCACAAAAUUAAGUAUAAAUGAUGAGCACCUAAUUGGUUGGAACUUAAAAUCCUCCUUUGUUUUCUAAAAUGGCAACGUUUCCAUUGAAAUGUCAUCUGUUGGUGUAACAGUAGUCGUCUUUGCUGUCUUCAAAGGAGAAGUUGGAGCAAUGGUACAGACAAGACUUCUUUUGCUGCUCUCGUCUUGGAUCCAAGCCUCUCCUUGACUGACAUGUUGCCAUUCAGACAAAAUUGGGAACCACUUAAGAAGCAAUUUGAGGCAAACCAUUCGUCCACUUGAGAAAGUUACUCUCCUCUUGAAACCACUGGAAUCGCCAAACAAGAACUUGACAUGUCUUGAGCCGUUGAGGCAUUCAAGGAAAUGGUCGAAACCUAAUUGCAUUGGUUUCUUGAGGUGGGGACAGCUUUUCUGUGCUUUUGAGGACGUGCUAGUGAACUUUUCUGCCGGUGUAGCUCCAUCUUAACUUCUCGAGAGCCAAUGGGAGCGUGAAAUAUUGUGUCAACUGAAAAUCAGGACAAGAAGUUCCACCAACAAAUCUCGAGUUUAUUUGGUGCAAUUUAGCUCCAUUUCUAUCCUCGAGAGCCAAUGGGAGCUUGACCUGUUGUGUAAUUGGAGAUUAGGACCAGAGGAUCCACUAAGUCAGUCUUGAGUUUCUUGGGCGCAAUGUAGAUCAAUCUCCACCUCUCAAGAGUCAGUGGGAGCGUGAAAUGUUACAUCAUUUGGAGAUAAGGACCAGUGGAACCAUCAACAAAGUCUCGGGUUUCUUCAGCACCUUGUAGCUCCAUUUCCAUCCUUGAGAGCCAAUGGGAGCUUGACCUGUUGUGUCAAUUGGAGAUUACGACGAGAAGAACCACCAACAAAGUCUUGCAUUUCUUUGGCGAUUUCAUCUGAUACAUUGACUGGUCUCUCCAUUGACGUACACAACGCAUUUGGCAGACCUGAUAGGAGAUGCAUGGCUACGUCUUGUUUCCAGUACUUCGACGUCCCCAGUGACCAAUAAUAAUUUUUUCUUCUUUUUUUGGUUUUGUUUUGCUCUUGAUACCAAACAUGCUGCUUUUGCUCCAUUAUGCUGUACGUGUACAUGUGAAGAGUCCGAUUCACCAGAUGUAAGUGUGCGAGAGCAUGAUUACGUGUGCUGGUCCCACCAAUCAAUCCAUUUCCUUAUGCCCCAACAGUCGCCCAGGAUUAAAUUGCAUUUUAUCGUCAUCAACGGCCCAUUCCUGGUCACUUUUGGAUUUCUUGCGUUCAGUUGCUGGUUCUUUUUGAGGUGUUUCUUCAAUGGAUUUUGGCUAAUGAAGAGCCAGAAAUGGGCAUAUGUUUGCGCCAUGAAACUGCGGUACAACUAUCUUGUGAAUCUGUUGUUGUAGGUGGGACUGUUUUACACACUCAUGCAUAUGGGUAUGAGUGGGAGGGGCCUUCGCUCGCCGUUAGAGCUGAUUGGCUGUACUGGAGAAUGCUUGAACCUGGAGUGUUCUGAUUGGUGAGAGAAUGAAAGAGCCGUGUGUAAUCUUAUUUCCAAAAAAGCCUUAUUCUUGUAACAUCAUAGAAAAAAAAUCUAAUGCAUUAUUGUUGUAUUAUUUUGACUAUUAUCUUCUUAACAUACAUUUGAAUUCUUGGUUUAGUGUUUUGCGUUUUUUUUUUUUUAACAAAGAUACUGUAUUCAUUUUUUUUUUAAUUAGCAAGGAAAAAUAAUGCUCAUUUUGCUCAUAUUAUGUUAAAAGACAUUCUAUUUUUUCACUGUAGAAAUGUAACAUGAGAUGUGCUUGUGUGCAUGUAUACAUAGACGAAUGGGACGUAAAUGUAUACAUGCACACUCACAUAUAUGAUAUUUAAGAGCAGAAUAUAAAGAUGUAUCCAAAUCUUCAUAUGCAUAGCCGUUUUUGUUUUUGUUUUUGAAACGGGCACUCAUUUUUAUACCACCAUAAAAUUAUGAAAUUGUUUGUAUGAAAUCAUGAAUGACUUUUUAUUGUUUUUGUUUUUUUUAAAGAGUCGGGGAAAUGCAUUAUCAGAAAUGCAGAAAUUUCCCAUAAAUCAUUGCAGGAAGAGCUUUGACUUCCUGUUGCCCAUUUAUGAAGGCUGAAUUAUGAUUGCAAUCCUGUUGUUAUUCAUCAAUAGUACUAGUAUUAACUAAAGUAUUACUUUUAUAAAAGAUGUAGAACUGGUUUACUAAAUAUUGAAUUGAACAAAAAAAAUUAUCUAUACUUUCCAAAUUUUACUAAAAAAAAAACAAAAAAAACAGUUACAGCCCCAUAUCUGUGAAAGCUUUCAUUUUUUGAAACAUUAUUUGUCUUUUACUUUUCAAACCACCGAAUGUUCAAUCGUUUGUUAGAUAUCAACUAAGAUCCUGAAUAUAAUGCCUGUAAAUAAACAAAUAUAUAUUAUAUGUAUUUGUAUAAUUGACCCACAAGAUUUCUGUCUUUGAACAAAACUGAGAUAUUAACAACAACAACAAAAGUUUAUGCUAAUGGAAACCUUCCGCAGUUUUGAAAGAAGCUUUGUCUCAUGCUAACAGCUCUGUUUAUCUCUCUUCACUUCAUUCCUCUUUUAUUCUGAUCCAUUUGUUGUUGUUUUUCCCAACUCUUCACUUUUUUCUUAUCUUAGCCAACACACACUGCAGUCCAGUGGUGAGAGAAAUCACAACACUUCUCCUUUUUCCAUAAGACUUUGUGCAUCACUCUUUUUUUUUACAUUUGUAAUACACUAAUACAUCUCCAAAAUUAAAAAUUCACUGAAUUUCUCAUUACUCAGUCUUUUUUUUUUUACAGUUAAAAUUUAUUAAAUUCAACGUGUCAAUCAGUGCAACAAAUUAUAUAAAAUUAUUUUAAAGUAAUGUGAAUUUUUUUUCAUUAAGGCAAUAAAAAUUAUAUAUAUAUAUAUAUACAUAUACUUUUUUUUGUUUUUGUUUGUUUUUUUUGAGUGGACUAUGGUAAUGAGUAUUUCUGGUAAAAAUCUUGAAAAUUAAAUGUUGUAAUGCAAAACCUAUUCAAAACAUACAAAAAAAAAUCUUAAUUUUCUUUUUAUUUUGGAGUGAAAUAUGACAAAGCAAUGUUCUGGAAAGGUUUUAUGAGAUUCACCCAAAAAUGAUUCUCAUUCUUACCCGUACUGAGCCUGAAGCACUAAUCAUUUUCUGUUUUUCUCAUUCUGAGUCAUUCUGUUGUUGGAUCGGGAUGAAGAAGGGCUUAUAAAAUGCCCAGUGCCUAUUAAAUGCCAUACGAACAGCGAGAGCAAAUUGCCUUGAAUUGGUUGGACGUUUGGUGAUUAGCUUCAAGUCAUCAUUGCUAGUUUAAAUACAAAUACUUCUCUCACCACUGCUUCUGCGUGUCAUCUUUUUCCUAAUAAAUAGUUCAUUGCAAAGCUCUAGAGGUCUACCGAUGCCAUGUUUAGUUCACUUUUAUUCUUGUUUUGUUUUUACAUUGGGGGACGAAGUAUGAGAGAACUUGGAAUCUGGAAAUUCCAGUGCUGCCUUUUAAACUGUUGGGAGUUUUGUGUGUUUCUAAAGAACUUUUCCUCGGGCGGGAAAAAAACCCCCGCAAAGGACCCUUGGACUUGUCUGACUGAUCUCCAAAUCCUGCGAUGGCAAAGAUGCUCAGAAGUCCUGUUCGUCUGCCCAAUUUAAGGAUAUCCGACUAAAUGUGUGAAUCGAUUAGACUACAAACAAUGGAGAACCAAUAUACAAAAGCGAACGUAUUAAAACCACGGCCAACAAAAAAAAAAAAAAAAAGAAACAAGCCAAACGCAAACGUGAAAAUAGUUUCUCUUCGUACGAAGGCCAAGUGCUAUCACUUUCAAACUGUUACUUCUGAUGGACACAAUAAUUGGUUUGAAACCACUGUGUAUGUAGAUAUGUUGACUUUGUAUUAAAGAAAUGUUGUCUGAAAA